UUUAAAAACAUGAACACCAGCAAUGCCAUGUGCCCUUCAUGGAAUGGAAUGCAAAUCAACCUGCAUUGUUGGGGACACAAAUUUAACAUCUUGUAACUUUUUUCGAGAAGAAUCAAAUUUUUAGCUACAAAAAUAUGUUCUCUGCCAAAUUAAGAUUCUUAUGCAAAUGUUGUUAUAUAUUACUUAUGUAAAGUAAUAAUGAGUCAAAAUUCUUAGAAUUAAGACAGCUGUCCAUGCUACAUUUCUUGUUCUCAUACAGUCACUCUUUCAUGUCAUCUGCUGACCUUGAACUUGACCUUAAUUUGACCUGCCCUUGACCUUGUUAUUUCAGGGUUUUGUCGUGGGUUUCAGUGGGUCCAAAAUCUUCUGCCUCCACGUGUAUGCCAUGUCAUCAGUGGAGGUGCCCCAGUCUGCACCCAUGUACCAGUAUCUGGAGAAGAAACUCUUCAAGCAGGCGUAUGAUGUGGCCUGCCUGGGUGUCACUGACCAGGACUGGGCAGCUCUGGCUCACGAGGCAAUGGAGGGGUUGGAUUUUGAUACGGCCAAGAAAGCCUUCAUCAGGGUCAGGGAGCUGAGAUAUUUAGAGCUGCUUCACAGUAUUGAGGAGAGGCGCAGGCGUGGGGAGACAGACAAUCACCUGUUCCUUGCGGACUUCUAUGCUUACCAAGGCAAGUUUGGAGAGGCCGCCAAACUGUAUAAGAGAGCAGGGCAGGAGGGCAAGGCCAUGAACAUGUAUACUGAUCUCAGGAUGUUUGAGUACGCCAAGGUAAUAAUCUGA